AUGACCACAGACAAAGAGGAACCUAUCAUCUCGACUGCGACCGCGACCAUUCUCUCGGUCGCCUUCACGUUGGUCUAUGUGGUUCCUUUCUACUUGUCCGCAUCAACGCGACCGUCGCCCAGGCUGAACCGGGAUGCACCGUCUGUAAUCCGCGCUCGCGUCCGCACCGUAACGGUGGCCUGCAUUCUGGCCUCCUCGGCAACACUCUAUUUACUUGUUGUGACGGCAAGAUUGACGGUCAUUGACGCACUCCACCUUCUGGGCUGGUGGCCUAUUCAACUGAUCGACGUGGCCAAGUGCUGUGCACUGACCCUCCUCCUCUACACUGGGCCUCUGUUCGAAAAGAUCUUUAUCGAGGGGGAAGUGGAUGAUUUUCGUCGAGGGCGCAAGAUCUUUGAAUCCCUGAGUAGCUGGCAAGGCUAUCGAAACUACGUGGCUGGCCCUAUUACCGAAGAAAUCAUCUUUCGCUCCGUGUUGGUCCCCUUGCACAUGCUUGCAAAGGUGUCACCGGCCAGGAUCGUCUUUUUGACGCCGUUGUAUUUCGGAAUCGCUCAUGCUCAUCACUUCUAUGAAUUUACAUUGACUCAUCCUCACACGCCACUGGCCCCAGCUCUCCUGCGUACAGUCUUCCAAUUCGGCUAUACCACACUUUUUGGCUGGUUUGCGGAUUUCAUUUACCUGCGCUCUGGCUCACUCUACGCCUGUAUUAUCAUUCACGCUUUUUGCAAUUGGGUCGGACUUCCUCGGUUCUGGGGUCGUGUGAAACGGACAGAAUAUUACCCUCUCUCGCCUGUGGCAAUCCGAGGGAAAGACGACACGGAUGCAGUUCAACCAGGUGGGAAGGAAAGGCGACUGGGUCUCCAGUGGACGGUUACCUACUAUGUGUUGUUAUUGGCUGGCGCCUACGCCUUCUAUGCUGGGUUGUGGCCGUUGACAGACUCCUCACUGGCUUUCGUCCAAUUCGGAGGGGCGGAGAAGUCGAAGAAGUCAUGGGUAAAGCUAUAG